AUGGUGCCAGCAGUGAAUUCAUCAAGCACCCACAGAAAAUCAAAAAGUCGAAAGGACAAAUGGGUCCCAUGUGCUUCGCGUCCAGACCUGAAAUGGGAUGAGGUUGAAUUUCCUGACCCUGUUCCGCAAUAUGAGGCGCUGGACUUGAAAACUCUGGAAGAUCCCCCCGAGAACUUCAAGAUAGGCAACACCGUCCGGGGGCGCGUCACUAAGUGGGGGAAAGCCACCAGGCAAGAUCUCCAGCUCUUGCUCCGAUUCCAUGGCUGGGGUUUCGAUCAUGGCGUGGAGAUAGGCACUGCUCACAACCCAGAGCUCCUCUUCGCCAUCUGGAAGAUCAUCUAUAACUACGCCUCGGGGCAUCGACCCCAGACUUGGGACGACUUAUUCGAUUUGACGAGAGAUGCAGGUCCGCGGUUACUGGCCAUCAAUAUUAAAAGGCCUUGCUUCCCCGUCAGUCGAUACUACCCAACUAUUGUGACAUGGCAACUCGGUCCCAAUUACCAGAGACCGCUUACAGCAUCGCCGUUCCUGUCCGAUUUGUGUAUUCACCAGAUGCUGCUACCUUCCAGCGGUGGUGCCCUUCUUGGUGACCCCACUAAUCAAGCUGACUUCCAAGGGGCGCAAAUGGCCAUUGUCAACACAUCACAGUCGUCAGUCACCAACUCCACCUCUUACUCGUAUCCUUCGAACACACCACAUCCUACACCACAAGCUACACCAACCCCAGUCGCCGCUCAACCCCAGCAACUCCAGCAAUUGCAGCCAGAGCUCAACACUGUAAGCUUGCCCUACGAAUCUUCCACUAACGGGACCGUCCCAGCUGAGGGUGCUACAUCAUCUCCUACUACAACCGCAAACCUCGCCGAGGUACACGCAUUUCCAGCUUUGAACAACGCGAUUCGACGUGCCAUAUUAACGGAGACAUAUCAUGAGCUCAAGCCUAUCAAAAUGGAGCGUCCUUUGACUCGUGGUCGAGGUCCAAUGUGGUCGGAGAACUCGGGAGCCAUAGAUGCACUCAUUGUGGUUGCGAAGUUGCUGAAGGCUGGCUCGACCAAGAUCGAUCAGAAGGACCAAACUUGGAGGUUGAUUCUUGAUGAAGCGGAGCUUACCUACAUCCAAGCUGCGAACUUCGAUUGGGGCACCUGCAACCCCGAAACAGCCAUUCAACUCAAAACUCAACUUCAAGCUGAACUACAGAAACCCGACAAAGGUAUUGGCGAGACCCUCGAAGACAUACGAGACGCGUGGUUCGCACUGACGAAGGCCUUCGCCCAGUUCAACUUUCACUCGCUAAACAUAUGCACGUUUUGCAGUUGUCGUAAUACAGAGGACUAUAUGGACAAUUGGGUCGAUUGCGCCGCCGUUCCAAUCCAUGCGUGCACAGACACCAACGGCGUUACCGUACAGGAUCUCGUGAACCGUUGGUUCGCCAAGCGACGGACGGAAAGCUGUUUGUACUGUGAGAAAGAAAACGCUGUGACUGUGGAGAAGUUUUUUCGAAGCAUUCCACUGCGUCUGGCGGUGACUCCCGAUUUCAAGGCUUGCGUUUGUGAACACACGCGUGAUAUUUGUGUUUCGUAUACCGACACAGAUGGUGUCGACCACCGCGCAUAUUACAAGUGGAUUGGAGGUAUCUAUUUGAGUGACGGCCGUGUACGUGUCUAUUGGCUUGAUGCUGAGCGCGGCGAGCGUGACAAUGGGAAAAAUCGUGUCUACGAAAGCCGAGCGGGCCCUGAAAUCAUGGUUGAACCUAUUGCUCGGGUCUAUCCCCACGAUCGUGUGCCUGCGGACUGGUGGGAGAACAAACCCAUUCCGAUGCUCUUCUUCGAGCGUAUCUUGCUACCCAGCCCCGAGAUUCUACAAGCAGCCAUGCAAGCUGUUGGCGACGUGGCCAAGGCCACUAAUGCUUCUGAAAGUCAGGCAGUGACAGCAAUGACCGUAGCCGCCAGCCCUGAAGACACAGAGGAGCUGCAGUAUGGCUAUGGCUAUGACGACUACACUAACCUAGAGAAUCAGUCGAUGACAGGCGUGAUCGAAGGAGCCCAUGUGACCGAGGAAAGUGGCUUUGAGGGACUCCUCAACACUUCCAAUCUGGAUGUGAAUUGGUUGUCAGCCCCGAAUCAGCUUGAUGCUGAAUUUGCCGUGGCAGGUAAGGAACCCGACCAGCCGAACACUGACGCUAUCAUGCAUGAUAUCGGUGGUCUGGGUGAAACUGGGGAUUUGGAGAUGCAAGAAUCUGUCGAAAAGUGA